CUGCCUCUGCCCAGGAAGUCGUCGUGUUACUUUUUCUCCUCCUCCUCCUCCUCCAGCCUUGCGAGACACAGCAGAAACUACAGGGGUCUUAAGUUGGUUUAGCAGCUGGAAAACUGGCAAGAGGGCAGUUUUACGCCGGCUCCACCCGUGCUCACGGUUUCUGGCGUUCAGCUUGGCCGGUUGUCAUCGAAGAAACGGAGGCUGGGGAGGGGGAAAGAAAUGGCCACAGGAGGAAGAAGUAGUGGUCCCACUGUUACGAUGGAAGAAGAUAUUGAAAGUUGAGGAUCUCCUAGAAUCACAGCUCUGCUCCAAGAUGAAUCCUGCCCCUCGUCAUAUUUCAUCCAUCUUCACCUUCAGUGACACGGUAUUGUGUCCUUAUAACUUAAGUAGCUGCACAGUGAGCUAACAAGGUGUGACUCCUCGUGUCUGACCAUGCACUUGUGAUGAUACACAGGCUCUUCCCAUAUCCCAUUUUUAUUGUCUGUAACAAGGACAAGUCUUCCUAUUUAGACCCUGUCCUCCUAACACCCCUCCCUCUCUCUGAGUCUCUGGGCCAUGCUCCGCAAGAAAGGUUCCCUCAUUCUUUGUGGUACGUUCCUGUUUAUCACCUGGAACGCCAUACUGGUGCAUCUGCUGUGGGGCAGACCCUGGCCUGGGCAGCCGGACGAGCCUGGCCAAAGGCACAUCGACGUGGCUGAAAGGCCUACCAAUGAUGUGGUGGGAGAUGUGCUCCGAAUGGCAGACACGUUGGAAGCAGAGCUUGAACUGCAGAAACAAAUCCUGAUCCAGAUCCAGAAUCACCAGUCACUGUGGGAGCCACCAAAGAAAAACAAACCGAAGGCUGUAGUACCCCCCUGACCUGUCAUUCCUAUCCUGGUUAUUGCCUGUAACAGGGUCACCGUGCGGCGCAGCUUGGACAAACUCCUGCAGCACCGUCCUUCAGCAGAGCUUUUCCCAAUCAUAGUGAGUCAGGACUGUGGACAUGCUGAAACUGCUGAGGUGAUUCGUUCUUAUGGAAAUAAAGUAACUCACCUGAAACAGCCAGACUUGUCAGACAUCGCUGUGAGGCCAGAGCACAAGAAGUUUCAGGGUUACUACAAAAUCUCCAGGCAUUACCGCUGGGCUCUCAAUCAAGUGUUCAAGACCCUUUCUCAUUCCUCUGUUGUGAUUGUUGAGGAUGACUUGGAGGUGGCGCCAGACUUCUUUGAGUACUUCCGAGCUUUGCUGCCACUCCUGAAAUCCGACCCCAGUCUGUGGUGUGUGUCAGCCUGGAAUGACAAUGGCAGGGAUGGCUACGUGGAUCCUGGCAAGGCUAGCCUGCUCUACCGGACAGACUUCUUUCCUGGUCUGGGGUGGAUGCUCCUCAGGGAGGUGUGGGAGGAGCUGGAGCCAAAGUGGCCCGCUUCAUUCUGGGACGACUGGAUGCGUCAGCCAGAGCAGCGCCGCAACCGUGCCUGUAUCCGCCCAGAGAUUUCACGGACUUUUACAUUUGGCAGGCAAGGUGUGAGUCUGGGCCAGUUUUAUGACAAGUACCUGCGUUAUAUUAAACUGAAUACCGAAUUUGUGCCUUUCAACAAAUUAGACCUGAGUUACUUGAAGGAGGAGACGUACAGAGAAAAUUUUGAGAAGGAAGUUUACAGUGCCCCUGUGGUUACAUAUGAAGAUGUUAAGCAGGGUCAGCUAAAAGGACCCGGGCCCUUUCGCCUUCAGUACUCAAGUAAGGACAGUUUCAAAGUGUUGGCCAAAAACCUGGGAAUCAUGGAUGACUUGAAGUCUGGAGUCCCAAGAACAGGAUACAGAGGAGUUGUCAGUUUCAUCUCAAGAGGAAGGAGAAUCUAUUUAGCCCCUCCUCCUGGAUGGACCCAGUAUGAUCCCACCUGGAGCUGAUAAUCCAGGAGAUUAUCAGUACUAUGUGCAGUAGCCUUUUUGUAAUCUCCAAAUGAUAGCUGGGGAGAGCAUUCCAGACCAAAGAGUGAUGUCCUUAAACUUUCUCUUGGAUCAAAUGAUAUGUUCUCUAGUUCAUUGUCUUUGACAAUGCAGAAUGGAUUGUCCCUCUUUUUGGUGUAGGGAUCAUUGCCAAUGCUACUCAGGUCUUCUUCAUUAUUCCAAAACAUUUCUUACAGUGUAGGAUACAGCCUAAACAGUUUGUAAGACAGAACUGCUGUAAUUCACCAGAGAUCUAUUUUUAUAUUAUGCAAAUUGUGCACAUGACAUUCAUUAAUGCAUUCAAUGCAGUUACCUAAUUUGCCACUUUUGUUUAAAUUAUUUGUAAUUUCUGGUAGCCUAUGGUAUGAACUGUUUAUGUCUGGUAUAAAUAUGAAAUCAUAAUCUGUGGUAUGGUUGCUUAUGGUGUUGGUGACUGGUCAUAACUGUAGUAUAAUCCGUCAUUUGAUUCUCAUUGUUUUUGUUGUCUAUGAAAAUCACUUCUUCCGCCUUACAUUUUAAUUUUGUGAAAUGAUUCUUCAGUGUUGUACUCCUUGUAAGUUUGUUGCAAACUACAACAUUUGUGUGUUUGUAUAUUUUUUGAAUAAAACAACAAUACACAAUU